AUGUUUGUGCUGCAAUGGCUUGGGACGUUUAGUACUGCAAAAGAGGCUGCAAGGGCAUAUGACAAAGCCGCUUUCUCUAUGAGGGGUCCUCUUGCAAUUCUCAAUUUCCCUAGUGAGCAUGGUUUUGCAAAUGCUGAUUGCGCUGCUGCUACUUCCUCAUCCUCCACAGCAUCACCUUCAACAGUGCAAAACACGGUUGCGAGAAUAGAACCGGGAAAUGAAGUUUUUGUGUUCGAGUAUCUGGAUGACAAUGUUUUAGAAGAACUUCUUGAUUUUAAAAACUAA